AUGACACAAACUCAAAUUCAACAAACGCCACAAACUCAAGUUCAAACACGAAACAAACUCAAGUUCAAAAACCAUACAAACUCAAGUUCAAAAAACACACAAACUCAAGUUCAACAAAAGCCACAAACUCAAGUUCAAACACGACACAAAAUCAAGCUCAACAAACGCCACAAACUAAAGUUCAAACACGACACAAACUCAAGUUCAAAAACACACAAACUCAAGGUCACCAAACACGCACCUCAAGUUCAAAAACACCACAAACUCAGGUUCAAACACUACACAAACCUCAAGUUCAAAAAACACCACAAACUCAAGUUCAACCAAAACCCAAUUCUCAAGUUUAACAAAUUACACACCCUCAAGUUCAAACACAACACAAACUCAAGUUAA